GUCAAUGCUUGCUGAUGAUGAGGUUUGCCUGCAAUUUGAUAAGAAUGGUCGCUUAUUAAUUGCAUAUUCCAGGUCUACAUGAUGACUGUGAACACGCUGGAUAACCUUUUGCUUGAUAAGUCGUUUGUCCCCGUGCCUGUCCUCCGUCGGGAUGAAGCUCCUUCACUCCCAAGCUCUGGGAGCUGCAUCUCGGACCGUGAGGCAAUAUAGAGGGCGCUGCAGGAGCUCAAUAUACCCACCCUGCGUCAGCAUCUCCCCUAUGCACCCGAUCCUCCCAAUGGUGCUUAUAUAGGUCCCUCACCACCACGACACCCCUCACGACUCCGCGCAAACAACCUCAUCAUGAACCUUCAACACAUUCCUCGCUUCCCGAUCAAAUCCGCCUACUCAUGCGCCGAGUCCCCUACCCUGUCGCUAUAAUCACCUCCACUGAUCCCACACCCACAAUCUCUCAUACUAACACGACAAGGACCGUCAACUCCCACUCCAAGGCCGAGCCACUCUCCACCAAAUAUCGCGGAAUGACAGUUUCCUCCUUCAACACUGUAACGCUGACACCGCAACCCGUCAUAUCAUUCAACGUCCGGCGCCCCUCCGAGACCCUACAUGCCCUCCUCACAUCGGGUCGGUUCCUCGUCCACCUUCUCUCCCCGACGCAAGAGACGGCCGCACUGGCGCGAGACUUUGCGCGCGGGAACCACAAUCUCGCGUUGGGGGAAAGCGGAUUUGAGUUUGUUGGGUGUUCACCUUCGCCGUCGUCAUCAAGAUCUGGAGCCGGAGGUGAAGAAAGCGGGGAUGCGGAUGCGAGUGCGGCUCUUUCACUUCCCAUGCUCCAGCGGAAAGCGGGCACACCUGCAGCUGGAGGCUCUGAUGCUGCGUUAGAGUCCGGCGCGGAGUACUUCCCGUUCAUAUUCGAGUGUCAACUUCUCCCUGAUAGUGUGGUUGAUGUGUACGACCAUACAAUUGUUGUUGGGAGUGUGGUGCGCGCGAUCACGAGUUCCGCACCUAUUGCAGAUACUUCUGCUGCUUCGCCUAAAGACUUGUGUCUGACAUAUGCGGAUACUCGGUUCUGGGAAGUGGGUAAUCAGAUUUGA